CCCCCCCAUGAUAGCAAUGUGGUAAACAUGAACUGUUCACGUUCCGGGUUAUAAUUCGAUUAUAUAUCACUUUGGCCGAUAGUUUGACGAAACGAAACGGAGUAGAGACAUCAUUAUCUGUCAGGAUGACUGCUGCUGCUGAAGGCAGGCAGACAAGGAGGAUCUAUGUUGGGGUCUUUUUCCUGAGAUACACCCUGACGACCUGCUUGCGCAGCAAGUUUGCCAGAUUUGGUUCUGUGGAGGAUAUCCAGAUCAAAGUUCGCGAGGGAUGAACAAGGUGAACCAGUGAAAACAUUUGCCUACCUCAACAUCAAUGGAACAAAGAAAGAUCUUGACACAUGUUUCAGUAUGUUCUCUCGCGGGCAAAAUGGAAGGGUUUCACUCUGGUCCUGCAAACAGCCAAAGAGAAUUUUCUCACCAGGUUGGAGAAGGAGCGAGGUGAUGCUGCCCAGCCUCUGGACAAGGACAAGAACCUGUAUCUACAUGAUCCCUUUGCUGAGGCACCGGGGGUGCAGGACUUUGUCAUGAGAGGAGCUGUACCAGGCACCCCAAUCCCCGGGGAAAAGAAUUGGGUGGUUGGCAAGUACGGCCGUGUUCUCCCUAUCCUCCAACUGAAGAAGCCAAGCCAGAGCAAGAUGGUCCGCGUUGACCCGUCCAAGCUGUGUCACAACCUGAAGAAGCUGAAGGAUGAAGAUGUGGCAGAGGAGGGGAGGGUCAAUCUGACAUGGAGCAUCGAUAGCCACGACUCAGACAUCACACGCAAGAGGAAAGGGGAAUUUCUGGUGGAGCACAAGAGGAGCAAGAGAGCUGGGAGCCAGAUGGUAGUGGACUUCCUGGCUCAGCAGCAACACAGGUAUGAUCAAGUCGUGACAGAAGCCAACAACUUCGAGAUUCUGCUCCGAGAUGGGACAGUGAAGAACAACUCUGUGGGUUCAGGUCAACAAAGCAGAGAAAGAGGCUCCUUGGACAGGAUGGUGGCUCCAGAGAAAGGCUCUUCCAAUGACGAGUCUGCUGAUACUGAUGAAAUCAUAGCUUCUACAAAGUUGAAGGCAGCUAUCAAAAAGAAAACAAACAUUGUUCGGCAGCCAAGCAAAAGGUUCCAGGAACACAGCCACAGUUCUGACAGUGAGAGUGAAACUGGCGAUGUCAAGUCAGCAUCAUUUGUGUAUGUUGCCGGGAAGAAGGGAGCAAAGCCAUGCUCUCAUGGCAAGCAAGUUGCACCUAAGACACCCAUUAAACUAAACAUAAAGUCUUCAGCCUCAGUCUCCUCAAGUGGAGAGUCCAGCAGUGGAGAGUCUGACAGUGGAGACGGGAGUGUUGGGGAGAAUCAGAGAAGCACGCAAAAGAAGACAGCAUCACAAAGGAAGGGAGAUGGCAAACCAACUGAUUGUUCUAACAGGGAGUCAAGUGAUGAUGAGUCUGAGUCGGACAGCUCCCCUGAUGAGGACUCUUCCAUGGAACUUCAGGAUGGGCAGAACAGGAGCUUUGGCAGCUUCAGUCAUGAAGAUGAGAGGGACAAGAAAGACUCGGACAGAAAUCAGCCCAGGUGGAAGUCAGGAAUUCCAGAGUUCCGAGGGAGAGCUGUGUUGGAUCAAGGGAAUGACCACAGACAAGGAAGAGACAAUGACAGAGUGAAACCAGAUACAAUGAGCACGGAUACUGAAGACAGUGACUCUACUGGGUCAGCAGAUACAGAUGAGAUUCUGUCUAGCUUCAGAAAGUCUUCAAAGGCCCCAGUUACAUCUGCUGAUCCAUGCAAGAUGACGUCUGCUCCAUCAUCUGCUGUCGUCAGCUGUUCCAGGGCAGGAGUGGAUGAGUUUUCCUGCGGCUUUUCCAUAGAUGCUGGCAGGAUCGUGUACCCACAACCAGGGCUCAGCAGCGGAGAGGAGAGUGACAGUUCUCAGGAAUAUCAGCCCUCAAAAAAACAGAAAAUGUCCAGGAAAGAGGAAUGUGACAUUAGUGGAGAGGCUGUCCGAUCUUCCAAUCAGAAGAAAACCAUGGUGCCAGGUGUAGCGAAGAUAGUGGGGGGAUCUGACAGACAGGUCAGGAAGACGGAGGAGCGUCAGUGUGUUACAGAUGCUCGGAAAUCUUCUGAUAAAAGCAGGACAGAGGUUAACAAUAAAGGCAGAGAGAUGUUGAGUCCGACGGACAAACACAUCGACGACAACCGACGCCGUCUGGAGACAAUACGAGAGAGGAAGAGAGAGAUACAGAGUCGAAAAGCUGCAAUCCAGGAUGCUCUGGCUCAAGUGGACUCGGGCAGCAGACUCAACAAGAAGAUUGUGUUUGACUCUGAUGAUGACAUGGGGGAAACACCAGCAGUGGCGGCGGAGGCAACAUCAGUAACAGCUGUUAACACCAGGACCACAAAGAUGUCUUCUUCUUCAGAUGAUGAUGAUGAUGACGAAGAUGUUGACAAAAGUGGCAGUGAGGAAGAAGAUUCUUCUUGUAUUAAGAAGCGAAUGUCCCUGUUUGACAGCUCAGGUUCGUCAUCAGAGGAUGAGGAUGAGAAGAUGUUCCGUGUUCGGCCCCAGUAUGAAGGGGAAAAGGGCAGAAAGUUGAUGGAGUUACAAGCUCGGCUGGGCAGUGAUCAACGGUUCCGCUUGGACGAGCGCUUUGUGGAGAGUGACGAGGAACAGGAGAAUGUUGUAGGGGAUGCUGACGUAGGGGAUGCCGAUGCUGAGAGUGAGCGUGCGAGGGCUCUGCGUAUCCUGGAGGAGGUGGUUGGGAGGCAUCCCAUGGCGAGGCUGCAGAAGCAGGAGACUCAGAGGAAGAAGUUCAAGGACAUGAGCACCCUCCACUUCGACCCAGCAUGCGAGCAACAUAGACAGCUGGAGGUACAGGCAUCUCCAAAGGAAAAGAUUAAAAAAAAGAAAGGUUCAAAAAUGAAGGAAGCCGAGACCCCAGAGAUCGUUGUCCCAGAGGUCAGCAAAGAGCGUUUUUUCGAGGUGAGCUCUGCAAUCCAGAACGUGUUCCACAAGACGCAUGAUGACAAGGCAGCAGCAUCCGGCUUUUCUCUCAUGGCAGCCUUUGGAGGACACAGUCAGACCGAUGCCCAUUGUGAAUCUAAGGAAUACAGCACACAUGAGGUUACAGCAUCUUCUGGUGCCAUGAAUCCUUGGCAGUCCCGGUUUUCUGUUGAUGUCACUGAUGACUCGACUGAUGAUGAGGAGGAGCAACAGAGUUCGGUGCAGUCACCUCACACACACAGCGGGGUGUCUCUUGACACCAAGUGGACAUUUUUCUUCUCUGAAGAUGACAACCGUCUGCAAGAGGGCAUGGAGUUUUUCAAGAGACCACAGGACUUCGACUCUGUGCUAGAGAAGUGGAGGGAACAAAGACCGAAGCUGAUUGAGUCAUACCGGGAAAAGUGGAGGAAAGCUGUUAAAAACAAGAGGAAACUGCAAAAAACAUCGGUGUGGCACAGUGGCGGCCACCAGACUCCAAGCAGGAGGGUCAAGGUCAACAGAAGAUGAUUCUGAUCAGCUCGAGAUAUUGUUCAAUAAAUGUUCCACAUUU